AUGGAAAACCAACAAAAACAGCUCGAACGUCUAAUCAAUCUCACUCCAACCGUAUAUAAAUUUGUGAAGGAUAGUGAUGAUCAGAAGUUUAUAUUAACGAAGUUCUCAGAAGUUCAAGAAGGACUUGCAGAAAAAGGUAAAUCAGUACCUAAUAGUUCAAGGUCAAACAUUCAAUUGGUAAGGGUGUUGUCGGGAAAGUUUGGAGUUAAGACUACCAAUUUACCUCAAUCAAUAGACUCUCAAGAAGAGAGGAUAGUGGAUAGUCUAUUAGAGGAAGUUGGUAUAAAACUCCAAGAUUCAAAACCCCCCCACAUCUCUAAAAGAGUAUCUCCACGAAAAUUAAGAUCUGAAAUGAAACUCGCCCCAAACUUUCACAUCCCACCUCAGAAACCAAAAGUUGAAAGGCAAAGGUACAGAAAAAGUUCACCAGUGAAAAUGAAGGAAAUGGGAGAUUGGAUGAUAAACUGGAAUAAAGUCAAACCUAUUAAACCGGUUUCGGAACCAAAGGAAAGACCAACUCCAAAACCAAGAACAAAGUUACCUCCAAAACCAACUCCAAAACCAAGAACAAAGUUACCUCCAAAACCAAAGGUGCGUCCAACUCCAAAACCAAGGUCUCCACCACCAAUUCCAGAAGAACCACCAAAACGCUUGGAGAACACAAGGUUGGUCAAGGAACUAGAUGAUAUAGUUGAACCAACACCUUCAGGUAAAAGGCCUACUUAUGCGAAGACCUCAAGUUCCUUCUCUAACCUAAUAAAGCGUUAUAAAGUUCAAAUUGUCAGUUAUGACCCCCAGAUUCAGUUAUCCUCUUCACUACCCACACUCGAGGAAAUCCUAACCAAGAAUCUUAGGGAAAUGAAAGGGAUUAAGUAUCAUAUAAAUCUAGAGGUAGAGUUCAUAAAGUCUAAGGGCUCUGAAGGUUAUGAGAUAGCCGAGUAUGUUGCCAAUCACACAGCGGUUACACUUCUCAGUGAAGACAAUGUAAAUGAAUCACUCCAAGGUGCAAUAGCCCUAGUUCUCCAGAGAAUUGACGGUUUCAUUGCAAGAGGAAGUGGCUGGUCUAUCCUCAAACUUCCACGUAUGAAUAUAGUGGUCAACACAUAUGCUCCACUUGAUGGCUCAUCUUACCUUGACCUACCAAAGAGCCUCCAGAAGCCGCAACUAGCUCUAAGAAACAUUUAUAACCCAGAUGAUAAUGAAUGCUUUAGAUGGUCACAUGUAAGAUAUGUUUGCCCACGGAAAAAAGAUCCAAAACGUAUAACUAAAGAGGACAUGAAAGUUGCUCAGAACCUAAAUUAUGAGGGAAUUACAUUUCCAGUAUCCAUUGCCCAAAUACCGCGCAUCGAAUCUCAGAACAACCUCAACAUUCAUGUUAUCGGUCAUAAGUCAGGUAAGAUCUUCUAUCCAAUUUAUAACUCCAAGGAAAAGUUUAAAGACACCAUGCACCUUCUCCUCAUAACUUCAGGUGAACAGUCACGUUAUGUUCGCGUAAGUGAUUUUAACAAACUUAUGAACUCAUACUCCAAAGAUGAACAUAAAAAGCACUUUUGCAUCAACUGUUUCCAGAACUUUAGGUCUGAAGAGUUCCUCCAACGUCAUAGGAAAGAUUGUCUCUUAAUUAACGGUAAACAAGCAGUGAGAAUGCCACUCAAAGGCACCACAGUUGAUUUCAAAGCACAUGCCAAUAAACUAUUUGCACCAUUUGUUAUCUACGCAGAUUUUGAAUGCAUCUUAGAACCUAUAACUUUACAAUCAGGUAAGAACACCAAAGUUAUCCAACGGCAUAAAGUUGUUAAGUACGGUUAUAAGAGGAUCUGCAAGGAGAACGAUCAUUUAUCAGGUGAGUAUAAGACCUACACAGGCCAAGAUGCAUGUAAACAGUUCGUCACAGCAAUAAAGGCCGAACAAAAGGAGUGUAAUCAACUAGCAAGGCAAUUCUUCUAUCAAAAGGACGACAUGACCGAAGACUCAAUCGCGCACUUCCAGGAACAGAAAAGUUGUUACAUCUGCAGCAAAGAUUUAACGCCAUCAAACAAAGUCGCAUACUUCCACAGGAUUAACUCAAACUACUUAGGUGCAGUUCAUAAGUCAUGUCAAACUAAAUUCUUCAAGAUCCCAGUUGUUUUCCACAAUCUACGAGGAUAUGACUCUCACCCUAUAAUCUUAGAAUCAUGUGAACAGAAUAUCGACCUUACAGUUAUUGCGACCAAUCUCCAGAAAUAUCUUUCAUUCUCAUUUGGCAGACAACUGGUAUUCAUUGACUCUCUGCAGUUCAUGUCAACAUCACUCUCUAAUCUAGUCGCCAAUCUCAAAGGUGACACAUCAGAUGAAGAGAUCGCGCUUAAGUUUCCAAUAACGUCAAAACGUUUCCAGGGAGAGUCACUCAAGCUUAUGACUCAGAAGGGCAUCUUUCCGUAUGAUCAUUUUACUUCACUUGAGACUACCAAAGAAACUCAACUUCCAAAUAAGGACGCGUUCUUCUCGAAACUGUAUGACACUCCAGUUUCAGAUAAAGAUUAUCAGCGAGCGCAAACAGUUUGGUCACACUUUCAAAUGAAAACGUUCAACGACUACCUUGAACUCUACCAAGAAACGGACGUGUUACUGUUAGCAGAUGUAUUUGAGAACUUUAGGACCACGUGCCACGCAACAUAUAAACUUGACCCCGCAAAUUACAUCUCAAAUCCAUCACUUACAUGGGACGCAAUGUUGAAAGACAAACAGGAACGUGGAGGUGAUCCAAUUGAAUUAAUAAGUGAUAUUAACAUGCAUAACUUCUUCGAGAGAGGAACCCGUGGAGGUGUCGCACAAGUGUCACAUAAGUUUAUGAAAACAAAUAAUAAAUUCAAGGCUAACUUCGGCCCGGCGCAAAAGUCGAUCUUCAGUAAAUACUGGGAUGUGAACAACUUAUAUGGAUUUUGUAUGUCACAGCAACUUCCUCACAGCAACUUUGAAUGGGAGGAUCCAGAUAAUCUUGACUAUAAACAGUUCCUAGGAGAUUCACCUAGAGGUCUAGUUUUAGAGGUAGAUUUGGAAUAUCCAGAGGAACUUCAUGACUUACACGCAGACCUCCCAUUAGCCCCUCAUAAGAUGCUAGUCACCGAGGAUAUGGUGUUUCCGUACAACAAGAAGAUAAGAUCUAAGAACAAGCUCUCACCAACGGAAGUUCCAAAGUUAAUCACAUCUCUUCAUAACAGGAGAAACUAUAUCAUCCAUGUAAAAUGCCUCGACUAUUACAUCUCAAAAGGCAUGAUUCUGAAAAAGAUCCACGGAGCAAUCUCAUUCAAUCAAAGCUGCUGGUUAAAGUCUUAUAUAGAGAAGAAUACAGCUGAGAGAGCAAAGGCCACAACAAACUUUGAGAAAGACUUCUUCAAGUUAAUGAACAAUGCAAUUUAUGGCAAGACAAUGGAAAAUCUUAGAAAGCGUAAGCAUGUAAAGAUAGCCACCAGUGAAAAGGCCGCCAAGAAGUUAAUUGAAUCUCCCACAUUCAAAGGAAGUAAGUGUCUAUCUAAAGACGCCAUAAUGGUGGAGCAGACUAAAGAAGUCCUCUAUCUCAACAAACCAUCUUACAUAGGAAUGGUCAUCUUAGAGCUAGCCAAACUUGAGCUCUAUAAGUUCCACUAUGAUGUUGUCAAACCAUUUUAUGGUGACAAGGCAAAACUCAUCCUCACAGAUACAGAUUCACUCUUAUAUAGAAUUGAGACGGAAGAUGUUGAGAAAGAUUGUGUUGAGCUAGGCAAACUCCACGAUUGUUGGGACAACUCUAAUUAUCCUCAAGAUUCCCCGUACUUCUCCAACAAGAACAAGAAAGUCCCCGGAAAGAUGAAAGAUGAAAUGGGAGGUCAUCAAAUCGAUGAAGUCUCCGCGAACAGACCAAAGUCUUAUGCAAUCCUCAAAUCAUCAGGUGAAGAGGAAAAGAAGAUUAAGGGAAUCCCCCGAUGUGCAAAGGAAAGAGUCAUCAGUUACGCAGACGUUAAAGAUUGCAUCUUCAAUGGCACCACUAAAAGAGUCACCUGCUCGACCAUCAGAAGUGUCAAUCAUAAGCUGCGCACAAUCUCUCAAGAUAAACUAGCCCUGGCCAAUUAUGACACUAAACGCUAUGUCUUAGAUGACGGAAUAACGUCACUUCCAUAUGGACAUUAUAAAAUACUCUGA